CUCCGUUUCCCAGAGUGCCGCGCUGUGUGGCAUGGCGGACAGCAAUGACUGCGGAGUUUGAUGAAGAAGUGGUGUUUGAGAAUUCACCGCUCUACCAGUACCUGCAGGAUUUGGGGCACACAGACUUUGAAAUAUGUCCAGUGGUCUCACAAGAGGAAGAGAGCCUGCUCGAGAAUGGACGUCAAUGGCAGGCUUCCAAAAUGCCAAAGGCAUAUACAAGAGGGCGCUUGAAAUAUGGCAGCGCUGGAACCCUUUUAUUCAAGAAAAGAAAAAAAAUGAAAAGGUCCACUUACUGGAUAUUGGCUUCCGACGUGAUAGCCUGCGUGCAAUCCUGCUGCAGGAAGUCCUGAUACAGGAGGAUGUGGAGCUGAUUGAGUUGCUUGACCCGGGGAUCCUGUCUGCUGGUCAGACCCAGAAUCAACAGAAACGACAUCUUCCAUCUCUAUUCUCCCUAGCAACACCUAAUAUUUGGGAGAUGUCUGUAGUGUUUGCGUUUCUCAGUGCCAUGGCUGCACUAAGAUCUUGGCACUUUCCAUCCUUGUUCAUUUGGGGGCCCAGCCUUCUUUUCUUUGCCGCUUUUGCCGUCCAGCGUGCGCUGAGAACAUGGAGCGCUGCCAGGCUACAGGUCAAACUGAAGAAAUACUGUGACCAGUUGGAAAUGACUGUAGCUAAUAGCCGAGCCUUUACCAACCUUGUGAGAAAAUCCCUGCGUUUGAUUCAGGAGACGGAAGUCAUCUCUCGAGGAUUUACCCUUUUGCUUGACAGGGUCAGUGCUGCUUGCCCAUAUGAUAAGGUUGGACAACACGCUAACCAGCACCUCCUUGGUUUGCGCAAAGCUGUGUACAAGACGGUCAGAACUAACUUCAGAGUUUCGAGGCUUGCUACGUUGUACAUGCUGAAGAGUUAUCCCUUAAACUCGGAGAUAGACAAUGUGACUAACUACAUCUGCGUUGUUCCCUUGAAAGACUUAGGCCUGGGCUUAAGUGAAGAGCAGGUUUCUGAGGAGGAAGCCCACAAUCUGACAGACGGCUUCAGCCUCCCUGCUUUGAAGGUUCUGUUCCAGCUUUGGAUAGGACAGAGUUCGGAGUUCUUUCGACGCCUAGCCCUACUUCUUUCUCCUGAGAAUGCAUGCAGUGGUCCACUUACUGGCCCCGAGAUGCUCCCACACUACAUCUGGUGUGAUGUGGCACAGGAUCUACCUCAUACUCGAGCUGCCUGUUUAGCAGAACUGAAGCGCAGCUAUGAAUUUUACCGUUACUUUGAAACACAACAUCAGUCUGGUUCUGACCACCCCGUAAAGAAGAAGAGAGAGACGGGAGAGCUGAACUGCCUUCAUGGAGCUGUCCGCAGUCUGCAGCUACACCUGAAGGCACUACUCAAUGAGGUAAUUAUACUUGAGGAUGAGCUAGAAAAACUUACUGCCCUCAAGGAAUCACAAGGCAUGACACCUGAAGCUUCGCUUAUACUGGAAGAAAAGCUUAAGCUGAUACAACCACAUGUGCAGGCCAGUAACACAUGCUGGGAAGAGGCCUUGUGCCAGGUAGAGCGAAUGGUUCGAAAACCUCCAGCGAAGAAAGAUACAACUAACACAGCCUGCGAAAAUUCACAUUGCCCUCUAAUGCCCAAUGUGCCCCCUGCACUACGCAUUGAAGAUAAAGAUCCAGUCCCGGAGGAGCAGGAAUUUGAGGCCUAUGUUGAAGACAUAGCUCCAGAUGACGAAUUUAGCAGAGAUGAUGUGUAUUUAUUUUCUCCAGAGGAGAGAGAGAGGCAGAAGCGAGAACGGGAGGAAUCUAAGAGAGUAUUGCAGGAGCUAAAGGCUGUCCUAGGCUUAAAGGCAUCAGAAGCUGAAAGACAAAAAUGGAAGCAGUUGCUGUUUAGUGAACAUGCCGUAAUUAAACCUUUCUCACAUAUUGAGAUAGUGGAUAGUCCCAUCUCUCCUCCCGUCUCUGAUCCAGACUCCCAAAGCAAAAUGCAAAGGUUUGAAGACGACGUCACCAGGGAGGUAAAUGGAGUGGAAGCCUUUCAUAAAGAUGCCACCAUUCAUGAGACCUCAGAGGUACCUGAUGAUGAUCAGGAGGAAGCAGACAACGAAACAUUUCGGCUGUUGGAAAGGCCUGGACAGGCUAGUGCUAAUGAGAUUGUUGAACCCCCAUGUCCUGCACCCAGGACUGUCCUGCCUGCCUCCAUCAAGGAGAGGCUUGCUCGAAUCCAUCAGGCGUCAGAUUUACACUUUGCCUCAGGGUUAGCAGCACAAGCAGCUGCCCGCUCACUUACAUUUACUUUCCUGCAAGAACAGACUUUUGGUGACGAAUGGGGCAAUGAGGAAGAGGACAGCGGCAAUGCUUAUGUUGGAGAUGAAAGCAAUGAAGACAGAUGUUCUGAAAAUGAAGAAUGACCAGACCGAGCUAAGAACGGACGAGCGCAUAGACUGGUUAGCCUGUUCACUAUGUAAGGGCAGACCAGAGGCAAACAUUUACUCUUCAACUAACACAUGGUGAUUUAAUAUCCUCUGUGCCUGGAAAGUUUGCAGCAAUCGACUCUGCAGUGUUUCAAUGAACCCUCCUCCAUGUUAUCCAAAUUUGUGUCUUACAAGUUCUUGAAUACUGCUAGUCAGUGGAGAAACCUAAGGCUCCGCACGGAUUCAGUGAUGGGAACUGUAAAAGCAAUGCAGCUGCCUAGAUAUCUUUUGGGUUAUUUUAAUAUUUAAUGUUAUUUAUUAAACCGGAGAUUCAGUUUGUUUUCAGGUUUUAAUAUCGUGCCCUCCUCUUUGGCUGUCUUGCUUUCUAGACAGGCUGAUCCAUUGUUUUACUCAGUGUGGUAUGGAUGCCACGUUGGCUGUCUGUCCAGUGUGCACUGGCUGAUGACAUUGUUUCUUUGUGACUGUUCUAUAUUUCUUAAACUAUUUCACUUCUUUAAGCUUAGAAUGUAAUUUUUAUAAUAAAAAGCAAAACGAGAAACCUUAACGUG